UGUGAGCGAUUCUUCUUCCGGGUUUUAUGUUGUGGUUCACUCUAAGGGCAUCAGAGUGAUAGAAACAAGUCGUUGGUAGAUUUUGGGCUGUACUAGGUUAACGAGGGUGAUUUACUCAUGGCUGCAGUUGACAGUUUUCCACUGUUAUAUAGAGAAAUUGCCAGAUCUUGCAGUUGUUAUGUAGAAACGCUUGCAUUAGUGGGUGCACUCUAUACUGCAAGUAAAGCUGUCACACUCAUGAGGGACUGCUAUAGUCUGAUAAGGCUUCACUUCAUCCCCCGUCUUGUUUACCCUAGAGAUCUUGUGCACAGAUAUGGAAAAUGGGCCAUCAUUAGUGGUGCAUCAGAGGCGAUAGCUAAAGCAUACGCUGAGGAACUGGCCAGGCAUGGUGUAUGCGUCAUCCUCAUUACCACUGACAUCGCCAGUCUAAACGAUGCCGCCAAGACCAUCUCUGACACGCAUGGAGUCGAGGCUGUCCUGGUGGAGGCAGAUUUCAGCCAAGGUGCCUUGACCUGCAACCCCGUUAAAGAUGUAAUCAAGGACAAAGACAUCGGAUUUGUCAUAAACUGCCUGAAUUCGUCGCUGGAUAUCCCCCGUGACUUCCACGACAUAUCUGAGAGCGAGCUGUGGCAGAUGAUAAACAACAGCGUAUCUGCAGCCUCACUGAUCACCCGCCUGGCUCUACCCGGCAUGGCUGAGAGACGAAGAGGCGUAGUUGUCAAUAUUUCAUCAGGAAGGUGUUCCAGGCCCUGUGCACAGAAGGCUGCGCUCUCUGCGUCCACGGCUUUCUUUGACCACUUCAGCCGUGCUCUGCAUUAUGAAUACGGCCAUCGUGGAGUGUUUGUGCAGAGUUUGCUUCCUGGCAAAGUGGCCUCUGAGGGAGAUGAUGGUAGUAUCAUCGCUGGCUGGUUGGUUCCACAGCCACACGUUUACGCCAGACACGCUCUGUCCACUCUGGGCAUCUCACACAGAACUACAGGAUACUGGCCUCACACACUACAGCUUGGACUUGUGCGGUGUGUGCCAGAGUGGAUAUGGGUGCUGGGAGCACGAGUGACAUGUAGGACGACCUAAAAGCUCAGACGUUCACUGGGAUAAUAAAUGUCCAAUGUUGCAGUGUUUAACAGUGUACAAAUACAGGAAGGGGCUAGCUUACAUCGUCUAUAUGUGCAGUACACUUCUGCAUUUCUUAUGUUGUGCAAUGUAUUGUGAAGAAAUAUUCCAUGAUCACUUUCAGCUAGCUGAGUGUUAAUAUAGUUGUGUUAUAAACAACUUAAAGAGUGACCAAUAUUCUAUAUACAUCAGUGUCUCUGGUGUUUUGUGUGUACUGGUUAUAUAAAAUGGUGAUUUAUUUAUUUUUGUGAGAUCUUACAUUUUACAUGCUUGUUUUGACAGUGCAGGUUUGACUCCCAAUUCCCAAUAAAGUACUACUAAACUAUC